AUGGACCCAGCAUGGAAAGAAUCAGAGGUUGCGAACCUUGGAGACGAUGAUCAAGUCACUGACAACGAUGAGGAUCUCGUUUCAGAUGCCGACUCAGACGAAAUGGAACUCAGAGGCGAUAUCGCAAAGUAUGAACAGUCCGUCCGAGAAUUCCUCUAUUCACACCACGGUGCUGGGGGCAGCGCUGGCGCCGGCAAUGAUAGCGAUGACGGAGCAUUGAGGAGUGCUCCGCCGAUGUCGAGAAGCAAAAAUGCUUCGCGCUCCCUGCGAGGUCCUCGAAAGGCUGCUGAGCCCCGAGGCGACAUCAAGCUUCGUCUCGCGGGAGUGAAUCAGGCGUUCAUGAGUGGAGACUAUGCCCUCGCUCGGGAUCUUGUAUUUGAGAUCAUCAGAAUCAACGCCGAAACUCAUCAAGCAUGGACUGUUCUAGCUUCCAUCUUCCGGGAAGAAGGCGCCAAUGACCAGGCUUUGAUGGCCAUGGUCAUUGCUGCUCAUCUAAGGCCUAAAGACUUCGCAGCCUGGAUGGAUUGUGCGUCCUUUGCCAUGAGCCUCGCCGAGGGUGGCCAAGAUGGCGCCCUCAAGACGGCCCUUAUGUGUUACUCAUCUGCAAUCAAGGCUCAACCAACGAACCUUGAAGCGAGAUUGGGCAGAGCCGAAGCAAGUCACCGCCAGGGAUUCUUAUCCCAGGCUAUUACUGAGUUCACCUUCGUCAUUGAGCGUCGCCCCCUGGACAUAGAUGUCGUUAGACGGCUGGCAGAGGCUUGCGCCGACUCCGGAGGCAUGGAAGAUGUCCAAAAGGCCGUUUCAGCCUACAAGACGUACUUCGCACAUGCACGAAGCACCGAACAGGAAGGGGAGGGGGAGCUGUCAUGGCACGACAUCAGCAUUUAUGUGGAACUCUUUGCUUGCGCUGGAGACUUUGCAAACGCCAUCGCAGAUCUCAAGGCGCUUUCGCGUUGGCUGCUCGGGCGACGAAACGAUCAAACGUGGGAUGCUUGCAUCGAUGACAGAGAAUGGGACCGUGAUCACACCCGCCGUGUUGAACUCCCCUCGUUCAAUCCGUCUGCCUACGGUCCAUAUACAUAUGGCCUGGGAUUACCUCUGGAAUUCAGAGCCCGUCUUGCUCUGUACCGGCUGAAGAUCCGAGAUGGGGAGGAAUCAGAUCUACAUCUUCGGUGGCUGGAUCCAACUGAAUCCGCUACGGCCACCGCGAUUGAGGGGUUUCCCUACCUCGUUCGAGAUAUUGCAGAUGAACUUUGCGCCGUCCAGCGGCAUCCGGAGGCACUAGAUUACUACGAACUGCUGCGUCAUUCCAUAUACGGACAAGACGCCACUUUACUACUUCAACUUGGCCGCUGCUACCUGAGAAAGUUCGAUAACGUGGCGGCGGAGGACUGUUUUCUUGUGGCCAUCCAGGUCGACGAGACCAACAUCGACGCCCGUUAUGAACUAGCCACGAUAUAUGAAAAGGCGAAGGAGGAGGAGGAGGCUUAUAUUCUCGUGACCGAAGCGAUCGCUCUUCAAGGUAUCAACGACGAAGGAGGCCUCGUCGGCGGUGGCCGUGGAGACAUUGGCGGCGACUCUCAUCGCCGAUUAUCGGGAUCACUAGGCUCUGGGUUGGCCGAUGGUGCCAAAUCCCGGCGCAGACGGGAAUACAAGCGUCGGCCGGCAAGUAGCGGAAUUGUUCGCCCCAGAUAUCGCCCGAAGCGGCUGGUCGCUCCCGAUCAACGGAUGCAAGAAGAACGGGCCCGGGCCGAUGAGCUCACUAGGCGCUACGAGGUUGUGCGCAGUCUGAAGAAGGAGAUUCAAGCGGGCGACCACUCACUGAUACCAACAUGGAUGGCCGCUGCUGGCGACCUCGUGGGCGAGUUCAGGUCCUUUAGGAAGUUCUAUCCUUGGGACAAAUACCUCAAGUUUCUUGGGGCUGCCAACGAUGUUGUCUUCAGCGCUUCAUCCCGAACUCAGCCUGGUCUAUCUGAACUGGCCGAGAGAUUGUCAAAAAAUAUGGCACCAUCCCUCUCGGACGAGAGGAGAAUAAAUGUGGCGUAUGAAGAUGACGGCUAUCGAGGGAUCCCUUUCGGCGAAUGGCUCGAGCUGUUUCUUGACUACGCCAUCAGCCUUGCCCUCGACAAUCGUGCAGAGGAGGCCUAUCAAGUUUGCGAAGCAGCUCGAGAUUCCAUCGUGUUUGUCAACUCCAAGGAUUACAUGUUCUUGAUCCAUAUCGCAUGGGCGGCAUGCGCUAUAUAUCUCUCUGACGAAGAGAUGUGUGUAGCUGUCGCCCGAUUCUUUAUGAAGGUACGGCAGCUGGACUCGGAUUCAUACCGCAUGUUCGCCGCUCUAUGCAGACUGUGCCAGUCUCCGGCAUCCUGGUACAAUUCAGGACCUGCACAGAAGUACAUAUUACGCCAGAUCAAGAUCAUUGAUGCUUCUCACUUUGGCGCGGCACCGACGGACAGGGGCUAUGAAGUUGCAGUCGGUGAUCGCACCAGCACUGCCGAGGCCAAGCAGCUCGAUACCUGUUUGCUGAUGCUCUACGGGCAUAUCCUAUUCACCUCGACCAGCUACACCUUUGCUCUGAACUACUUCCUUCGAGCGCGAACUUUGGACCCCUUGAACCCCAUGAUCAGUCUCAGUGUGGGACUAGGAUAUAUCCAUCACGCCCUCAAGCGGCAGGCCGAUAACCGUCAAUAUCUUAUCAUGCAGGGAUUCGCCUGUGUGUUCGAAUUCUGCCAUUCCAAACUCUCCGGAACGCUGGACGAGAGGAGGGAGGCCUUUUUCGGUGUGGCGAGGACUUUCCAUAUGCUUGGUCUGCAUCAUCUGGCUCUAGAGUGGUAUCGAAAAGUCGUUGGUGCCGAAGACCCAGAGGCUGCCGAGCCAUGGGGGAACGCAAGCAGCCGGGACGUGAUACUCAAUGCGGCGUACAACGAGUAUGCACUCUUCAUUAGUAGUGGGAGCGUUGACGAGCUGGAGCAGUCUGUUCUGCCUCGGCUGGUCCUAUAG